AUGGAGAAGCCCAAUUGGACCUCCUCCCAGGAGUUUAUCUUUUCUGCUUUCCCUCAUUCCUGGGUAGACUCUGUUAUUUGCUUCAUUCCCCUGCUUUUCAUCUAUACUUUCAUUGUUGUUGGAAACCUCGUCAUCAUCACUGUGGUCCAGCUGAACACUCACUUGCACAAGCCCAUGUACUUCUUCAUCAGUGCCCUGUCUUUCCUGGAGAUUUGGUACACCACAGCCACCAUCCCAAAGAUGCUCUCCGUCCUGCUUAGUGCGCACAGAAGCAUUUCCUUAAAUGGCUGUCUCCUGCAGAUGUAUUUCUUUCAUUGCACAGGCAUCAGUGAAGUCUGUCUCUUAACAGCUAUGGCCUUUGAUCGCUACCUGGCCAUCUGCAGCCCUCUUCAUUACCCCACUCUCAUGACCCCCAAGCUGUGUGCCCAGCUGACUUUCUGCUGCUGUGUCUGUGGCUUUAUCACACCCCUCCCCGAGAUUGCCUGGAUCUCUACCCUGCCGUUUUGUGGCUCGAACGUCCUUGAGCACAUCUUCUGCGAUUUCCUCCCAGUGCUGCGCUUGGCCUGCACAGACACUCAAGCCAUCAUCAUGAUUCAGGCGGUGGACAUUGUUCAUGCGGUAGAGAUUAUCACAGCUGUGAUGCUAAUUUUCAUGUCCUAUGUUGGUAUCGUGGCUGUCAUUCUACGUAUCCGGUCAGCUGAAGGCCGCCGCAAAGCCUUUUCCACCUGUGUCUCCCAUCUCACCGUCUUUUUGCUCUUCUUCGGCAGCGUGGCGCUCAUGUAUCUGCGCUUUUCUGCUACCUACUCUUUAUUCUGGGAUACAGCCAUUGCGCUGGCCUUUGCGGUUUUGUCGCCCUUUUUUAACCCCAUUAUUUAUAGUCUGAGGAAUAAAGAGAUAAAGGAAGCUAUCAAAAAGCACAUGGGUCAAGCUAAAAUCUUUUUUUUCACGACAUCACGACCUCCAAAAAAGAGAUCUUAG